AUGGCCCACUCAUCCCCAUCUCCCAGCUCCUUCGAGCAGCUACAGUCAUACCCCUUCCAUACCGACUCGGAGUUCGCAAAUGGUCUCGCCAUCAUUUUGGGCCACCCCGCCACGCCAGCCUCGGAGGUGGAGAUGAGUCGGGACGACGAUCUUGUCUUGCAGGCCAAAUGCUUUUUCUUCUCGCGAAAGGCAAAUCUCACGCCACCUAUCGACUUCACAGCCUACAAAGCUUGGUUAACAUCACGGGGGGCCGGAGAAGCCUCGCGGUCAAGUCCUGCGGCAGCUGCAUCAGCACCACCGAACGAAUCCUCGACGGGGACUGAUGUCGCUGCCCCCGAAACCUCUGCACUCCCGGAGCCUGCCUAUCCAUCCUCAUUUGCACAUAUUGUGGAGCUUAUCACAACGGGACAACCGAUUCCAGGCAUACAAGAGAUUCCGGAUACGGUCUUGGAAGGGCAUGAUAUGUCGAGCGAGAAACCACGUCGACGAAAGCCUUGGGAGAGGGACAGUGAUGAUGCGGUACCUGUCCAGGGUGAAAGUGCCAGCAACACUGCUGCUUGA